CGCUGAGCUUAUUCCAGGUUCCAGAUCGUUUUGUUGUUGCAACAGCGGCUGCAAUGUUCAGCUUUUUAGGGAUAGUUUGCACUAACUAGAGAGAUUCGCGUGAUAUGUGAAUUACGAUCACAGAAAAUGGCCGAAUCCGAACAGAGAAGUAAUAAAGAUGGUUGUAAUACAGCGUCGUCAAAGGAGACGAUGGUGAAACAGGAGAAGCGUGACAGUACGUUAACGAAUGGCGGGAAGGGCUCCAGCGAUGAUGCUGAUAGCUUCGAAGAGUCACCGCUCGAUAUAGGCGAGCAUUAUCUCGUUCGCCGAUCAGCUGACUCCUGGCAUCCUGCUGAAAUUAUCCAAACACGUUAUAAUGAAAAUGAAAGACAUUUUGAAUAUUACGUCCACUAUGACGGACAUAACAGAAGAUUGGACGAGUGGGUGCCUCGUGAUCGAAUUAUGUGUAGCAGAUUUGAUAUGACUGAAAUGGAACGGCAUGAUAGGAAUUCUGGAACUGAUUUAUUAGCAGAUUCUUCUGAUCGUAAAAUCACUAGAAAUCAGAAGAGACGUCAUGAUGAGAUUAACCAUGUACAGAAGACUUAUGCAGAAAUGGAUCCUACUACAGCGGCAUUGGAAAAAGAACAUGAAGCAAUAACAAAAGUAAAGUACAUAGAUAGAAUACAGAUUGGCAAAUAUGAAAUUGACACUUGGUAUUUCAGUCCAUAUCCAGAAGAAUAUGGUAAACAAUCAAAACUCUGGAUUUGUGAAUAUUGUUUAAAAUAUAUGCGACUCGAGAAAACUUAUAGAUAUCACAUGAGUGAAUGUACUCAUAGACAACCAGUUGGAAAGGAAAUUUAUCGAAAAGGAACAUUAAGUAUUUGGGAAGUAGAUGGCAGAGAGCACAAAAUUUAUUGUCAGAAUCUGUGUUUGUUAGCAAAAUUGUUUUUAGAUCACAAAACUCUAUACUUCGAUGUAGAGCCAUUUCUUUUUUACAUCUUAUGCGAGGUGGAUAAGCACGGUGCACAUUUAGUUGGCUAUUUUUCAAAGGAGAAAGAAUCACCCGACGGUAAUAAUGUUGCAUGUAUCCUAACUCUACCACCUUUCCAAAGACAAGGCUAUGGUAAACUACUGAUAGCUUUUAGUUAUGAAUUAAGUAGAAUUGAACAAACAGUUGGAAGUCCAGAGAAACCUUUAAGCGAUUUAGGAAAGUUAUCUUAUCGCAGUUAUUGGAGUUGGAUUCUGUUGGAAAUCCUUCGAGAUUUUAGAGGGACUCUUAGUAUUAAAGAUCUUAGUCAAAUGACCAGCAUCUCACAGACUGAUAUUAUCUCGACAUUACAAAGUAUGAACAUGGUUAAGUAUUGGAAAGGACAGCAUGUUAUUUGUGUCACACCCAAAUUAGUAGAAGAACACAUAAAAAGCAGUCAGUAUAAAAGGCCGCGUCUUACAGUCGAUAAUAGCGCAUUAAGAUGGGGAGCACCGCCUCGGAAGAAUGUAAAACUCGGCAAGAAGUAACGCUUAAAUGGGGUGCGUCACCAAAAUCCGGACAAAUUACGAUUUAAAUUUUCCACUAUAUUGUGCCUCCGCCAAAGGAUAUUGUUGGCUUUUCAAGAAAGCCUGAUGUUUCUAGUGAACAGUCAUGUCCUCAAAAUGGCCGUGAAACCAAGUGCGGAGUAUAAUCGAAGAGCUUUCGCGCUGGGUGCUCAGCACCUUAUUUCAAUGGAAAUAAUUUGAUUUUUUGGAUACCUGAGAUCAAUCGUUUAUAUGUUGGUGUAAGCAAACCAACAAUGCGUCGAAUUGCGGAGAAGGACCUUCGAUACAAAUCGUACACAUUAAAAAUACGACAGAUGCUCUCUGAGGCUGCCAGGACAAGGCGAAUUGCUUGCUGCAAUUUGCUAUUGUAUUUCUUGAAAAACAAAUUUAAAUCCUUUGGAUUACUACUUAUGAAGCGUAGUUGAAAGGGUCACUAACAAGUCUCGGCAUCCUAAUGUGAUGUCAUUAAGGACCACUAUUGAGGCAACAUUCGUCGGCAUGGACAGCGCUACAUUACAGCGUGCGUGUGAACGCUUUAGACCGAGAAUAGAAGCCAUUCAAGCAAAUGGGGGAUAUAAAGAAUAAUUAUGCUCUAUAGGGAUCCCCAAGUGCUACG